AUGUUGAUACGCAUUCGUAAUGACAGCCAUUAUCACAUUCAAAAUAAUUUAUCAUCAACAAUCCUAUGUGCAAAUAUAUCUAUUAACGGUAUACUUGAAAAUUGUACAUAUGAAAUUCCAUUAUCUACAUCAACACCUAUAACAAAUAAUUUAUUUCCUAAUUCACUUGUUAUUAUAUUCGUUUUAUCGAUUUUAUCGAUAUUUGGCGUUUGUUUUAUGAUCUUUGGUCCAUUACAAAGAUCUGAAGCUUAUAAACGUGUUGAAAAUUUUACAUUCGGUCGUCAUCCUAUAUUUAAUGUUGAUCAUCGUGAACCAUCAGCUACUACACGUUAUGAUGAAUCAAUGGAAUUUGCAGAUGAAUAA